GCGCUCAGGAUCGACUCCAGGAAACGCAGUCCUUCUCCAGCACCUGCUCAGCCUGAAGUGGGACAAACAGCUGCUACACCUGAGACAACUUCUGGUUUUCUGAUCGGGACAGUGUGCGCACAGCAGCGAUGGUUUGCGGAGGAUUCAUUUGCACCAAGAACGCGCUUUCUGCGCUCAACGUCCUUUAUAUUAUGGUGAGUCUGCUGCUGAUCGGGGUGGCUGCCUGGGGGAAAUGGUUCGGCCUGGUCUCCAGCAUCAGCGUGGUGGCGGCGGUCAUCGGCGUGGGCGUCUUCCUGCUGCUGGUGGCCUUGGUGGGGCUUUGCGGCGCCCUGAAGCACCAGCAGGUCCUGCUCUUCUUCUACAUGAUGAUCCUGUUUGUAGUGUUUGUGCUGCAGUUCUCCAUCUCCUGCGCUUGUCUGGCUCUCAACACGGACCAACAGAACCAGCUGCUGGAGGUCGGCUGGAACAAGUCCGAAGUGACUCGGGAAGACGUGGAGAAAACUCUGAACUGCUGCGGCUUCUCUUCUGUUAACCAAAGCGACUCCUGCCCCGCUCAAUGCUUCGCCACCCCGGAGUCCUGCAGGAGCUGCUCACAGAUCCUGCAGGAGUACGCCGGCCAGGUGCUGCGCUUCGUGGGCGGCAUCGGCCUCUUCUUCAGCUUCACUGAGAUUCUUGGCGUGUGGCUGACCCAUAAGUACCGGAACCUGAAGGACCCUCGAUCGAACCCCGGAGCCUUUCUGUAGCCGCUCUGACCGAAGUGAACCCAACAUGCUGCGAUUCCUGUGGCUCUGUCUGUGGAAAUGACUGUUUAAUUUGAUUUACUGCAGGAUCUGUUGCAUCCGUCUGAUCAGUCGUCUCUGCUCUUCCUGUUUACCUGUGUAACAUGUCACUAUCAGUCUCUAUUUAAGCUCGUCGUCGUUUUGUCUGUUGGAGUUUAAAGUGGAAAUGAAGUUCGUCCCUUUGAGGUGAAAAGAAAACGAAUUCCUCUGAAAGCAGUGAAAUUUAUUUUCUCUGCAGGUUUUUAAAGUGAUUUGUUGUUUAAAACUGUGAAGGAAUAAAUGAAGAACUAAA